UACCAGCAGAGUGUCGGACCCCGGGCUCUGCCGUCUCAGCCCCCUGUUCAUCGGCCUCGUCGGCGGUUGCUGUACUGCUCCGUCAGACCGUCCCGACACACACGUACACACACACACACACGUCCGAUCGAGGAGCCCCCCGCGGAGGACAAGAUGGCUGAGAUGGGGAAAGGAGUGAGCGCUGGGAAACUGGCGAGCAACGUGCAGAAAAAGAUCACCAGGGCACAGGAGAAGGUCUUGCAGAAGCUGGGUAAAGCAGAUGAAACGAAGGAUGUGCAGUUUGAGGAGGGCGUGAAUAAUUUCAGCAAGCAGCUGGGAGAGGGCACCAAGCUGCAGAAGGACCUGAGAGCCUACCUGACAGCGGUUAAAGCGAUGCACGAGGCGUCCAAGAGGCUGCAGGACUGCUUGGCGGACAUGUAUGAGCCAGAGUGGUACGGCAAGGAGGAGAUGGACUCCAUUAAAGAGGACACCGACCUUCUGUGGACUGACUUCCAUCAGAAGCUGGUGGACCAUGCGUUGAUCUCAAUGGAUACAUACUUGGCCCAGUUCCCUGACAUUAAGGCUCGCAUCGACAAGAGGAACAGGAAGCUGGUGGACUACGACAGCGCGCGGCAUCACUUCGCCUCUCUCCAGAAGGGAAAGAAAAAGGACGAAGUAAAGAUCGCCAAGCCAGUCUCACUCCUGGAGAAGGCAGCCCCAGGCUGGGCUCAAGGGAUACUGUCAGCACACCAUGUUGCUCAAACUAACCUGUCGAGAAGCCAGGCAGAGGAAGAAUUGGGCAGGGCUCAGAAGGUGUUUGAAGAGAUCAAUGUAGACUUGCAGGAGGAGCUUCCAUCCCUGUGGAACAGUCGUGUUGGCUUUUAUGUUAACACAUUCCAGAGUGUUGCCAGACUGCAGGACAAGUUCCACAGGGAGAUGGCCAAGUUGUGCCAGAGCCUGAAUGAGGUGAUGACCAAACUGGAAGAGCAGAACCAGUCAAGAAAGGCAGGUAAACAGGGCCAGAAGACGACAGCCACAGGAAAGAGUGAUGGCAGGCAAGAGGGUACCAAUAAUGCCCUAUCUUCAGGAGGAUCAAGUCUUCCCAAACCUCUGUCAAAGCUCAAGCCUGGGCCACCAGUGCCACCUCCGCCCAAAGUAACCCCGUCAAAAGAUCUCAAACAGGAGAACAUCAUUGAUCUGUUUGACGACGCGCUCGUGUCCGACGUAAAUGUCACGUCCCCUGCGCAGUGUGCUUCCCCUGCAGGGGGGAAUCUGCUCGAUAUGGAUUUGGAUGCACUGCCUGCUGUGGCCUCGUCCCCGGCUUCCCAGGCCAUGUCAUGGGAUGCAUGGGAGACCGCGGAGACGUUGCCAGGAACGACAAAUGGAUCGUCGGAUGACUCUGAGAUGCCACCAGGCUUCCUUUACAAAGUGAAGGCAAUGCAUGACUACGCAGCCACUGAUCAAGAUGAACUCGAAAUAAAAGCCGGAGAAGUGGUGCUGGUGAUCACCUACGACUCGGAGGAGCAGGAUGAGGGCUGGCUCCUGGGAAUAAAGGAGGCCUACUGGCUUCAGAACAAAGACCUCAGAGCUAAGGGAGUGUUCCCAGAGAACUUCACCCAGAAGCUGUGAGGGGGUUGACCUACUUCAGGAGUCUCUCAGACCCUAGCCCUGCGUGCCCCGUCAUUCCAACGCACUGGAAGUCCGGCCACUCUGUGGGAAUUAUGAUCAAAACUGCAUUAUGUACCACCACAGACCUAACAUGAAUUGCGUGUGCUGGAAAAGUGACUCAGGUGGCAUUUUUUUUUUUUUUUUUUUCUCUCUUCCUCAUGGUGGCGAGUUCAUUGUUGUGUUACUGAUUUAAUUAAUUAUUUUUUAAAUUUUAUUUAUUUUUUUUUAAAAACCGUGGCCGGGUUUGCUUUUGUAAAAGUGGACUGUGAAGCAGUCACAUGCACUGUUCUAACCAUGUGCUUUUUACCUCCUCCUGGGACAAGUUUGGUUUUCUCCUUCUCAGUGACUUUCUCAAGGUUCUUGUAUCAUAAUCGUUGCUCGGCGGUGUUGAUGUACACCUGUCCACAUCCUAUAUAUGUUCCUGUCCCUUCACUCCACACCCCUCUUUAAACAUCUGGGGUCAGCAGUAAAAUGACAAUGAACUCUCACCCCAUCACCUUCUUGUUUUUGCUUUUUACCUCUUCUUUUUUUUUUUUUUUUUUUUUUUGUGUGGAAACAUUAACAAAUGGAAAGGCCUGAGGAACAUAUCAUUUAAGGCGACAAGUGGAAGGUUAAAAUGCUGUUUAAAUGCUAUUGUUUAAAAUAAGUUUUCAAAGCUGCAUGAUAUCCUGUUAUGAGGUAGGUUAGCCAAAGUGACAAUUGCUGUGUAUGUGCCUGUGAUGGCAUUUUACCAAGAUGUGUCCCCUCCACAUGUCAUCUUGUCACAGGGGUUUGCUUUACUUCUCCCAAAGCCAAGUGUUCUCAGGAUCUCCUUCAGGUGGCAGUUAUUACUUAAAUAAACUUUGGAUGCGUUAUUCUUUAUGUUCCUGCUUAGAAGAUGCUCUUACUGAGAUACUGUAAUUUUCCCAGGUAGCUUUGGAUGUUUACUGAAACAAUUCAGUUUGCACACACAUACAGCAGUACUGUUCCCUUCUGGGACUAGAAACUGCAACCUUCAUGAAACAAGUUAAAUUGUUUCAGUACAUUAAAUGGACAGCAGGCUGAACCUUUAUGAGGUGGUCAUGCCCUUUCUGGCUUGAAAUCAAAUUUUCUUUUAUCUAUAUUAAAAAAACAGGCUAACUAGAAGAAGACAAACGGCUUCAGAAAGGUGUGCUCUAUAGGGAGCUCAUGGUUAUCAUGGGAAAGUUGGGGAUGCAUAUUAUAGAAUACUGAUUCUGGAAUGGGGUAAACUGUCACCCCUCAAUAUACAUCAGUCUAUAGCAGUGCAUCUAAAAGACAAUGAAACGAAGACGAAAGGCUAUUUCAUCAACCUGGAUGACAUGCCGCUCAAAGUUUGAACUCAUUUCUAGAAGGUCCGCACCUACAGUUUGAGGUUUCCGUUCGUGCUCCUCACCUUCAAACCAGAGUCGUUGUUCUUCCAGUCCAUUCUUAUGGUAAAUUCCAUCUCUCUCUGCGUCAUCACUUUUGAGAGCACACUGAGGACUCAAAUUGUUUUCCCCGGUAAUACUCCAAAACACUGUAGUUACUGCCUUAACUGUGAAAUGGCAUUUGUGAGCGCUCUAGUUGCUGUAGCCCCAGGACAGUUACUUUGUUGAGAUGGCCCAAGAGUGGUAUCUGUUACUUUCUUGACAGGCCUUGAGCAGUCACAUUUAUUAGUAAGAGUUUGAUUUCUGUUUGUAUUCUGAAACUGAAGCAGUAUGGUGCUUGGGGGGGUGGCAUUAAUAUUUUAAUCUCUUUUUGUGAAGAAUCUUUGAUGUAUCACAGCAUCAAACAUACCAGCAAAAAAAAAAAAAAAAAAAAAAAAUUAAAAAUAGCUGCUUGAAAAUGCUCUUUGUCAAUUGUUUCCACGGCGUUUCUGUGGAAAUUUUGUUUGGUCAUAUGGUUGUGCUGUCACGAGGGCCCCUUUCAGCUCCGAGUUUAACAUGGAACUGUGCGCUCGAACCAGCAGUCUGUGUGUUUGAGGUUUUGCUCAGAUAACUAGCAGUCCUGCUGCUGAUACUAGUACUUCGUGACACCAUUGUUGACCAAUAUCCAAAUGGGUGUGAUUGACCUCUGACCCUACAGUGAGUGUCUUGCUGGGCUGGACUCACUAGGUCAAAGCCACUCCCACUGUGUCUCAACACAGCAAAGUCCAAACGCAUGCACGCAAUGGGCUUAUGGUACGUUUACAAUGUUUCUGUGUUUAAGACAUUGUAUGCAAACAAGAGCAAGACCUGCACACGUAUCAGUACCCUUGGACUGUAAUGAAGGGUAGGCUGUGUCCAUUCAAACAACCCUGUAACCCUCCUGUCAGUGAAAUUAAACUUUGAUUGAA